CUGACAUUGAAAACAGUGAAUGAAUGCAUUGAAUGACUGAAUGAAUGAUUGCAACAAAUGCUGACUUAUGAGCGGAAAAGCAGCCAAAAGUGCACUCUCUUUGUGUUAUUCAAUGUUUUCAAUGCAUGUGUUUUUCGCCAUCCAUGGCUUAAAUGCCUGAACCCAACCACAGACUAUGCCCGGACCUAACCCUAUGACCACCACUGCCCUCAACAACCCUAAUGGCAAUCUUCUCAACACAUCCACAUCACGAAGGGAUGGCCUGUCAGUCCAUGUUCACCUGAACCACAACCACCAAAUGGCAGCACUUCCCGACCAAAGCAGCGAUUUAUUCACCGAUCGGUCGCCAAACAUCAUACAAAGCUCUCAUAAGAACUACGAAGAGGUGGCACUCAUCGGGUCCGGCGCUUACGGAACCGUAUAUAAGGCCCGCGACCUCAACAACGAC